AGCAGCCGUGUUGGCCACAGCUCCUGUGCUCUCUUGGCCCUUUAGGCCUUCCAUAACCCAGGCUACUGCUCCGUCUCCCUCCUUCCUCGUCUGUCUGUCGCAUUUCAGCCGGAGGAGCCUCGGGGUCGAAGGUUCUGCCCUGCUCGCCUCGACCUCCACCUCUGCACGGCUCCCAAAUCUCUGAUUAUCCGAUUACAGGCGCCUCGGACACUUUAGCGGACGAGGCUCGCGCGUUUGGAGCUGACGGGAAAAAAGGUGCAGAUUUGGGCGGCGGGCGUAGAGUGAUGCCCGCUGCGUGGCGCGUUGAUCCUGUUGCCCCCCGCUGACCUGCCCAUGACCCCAGGAAGCGGCGUUAUGGCGCGCCGAGGCUCCUCCCACUCUAAGGUGACCAUCACAGUAGACGAGUACAGCUCGAACCCCACGCAGGCCUUCACACACUACAACAUCAACCAGAGCCGCUUCCAGCCUCCUCACGUGCACAUGGUGGAACCCAUUCCGUAUGAUGCCCCUAAACCAGCAGGUCACACCCGUUUCGUGUGCGUCUCCGACACACACUCGAGGACAGAUGGCAUCCAGAUGCCGUACGGCGACGUGCUGCUCCACACGGGUGACUUCACUGAACUCGGCCUCCCGUCUGAGGUGAAGAAAUUUAACGACUGGUUAGGAAGUCUGCCCUACGAGUACAAAGUGGUCAUCGCUGGGAACCACGAGCUGACGUUCGACAAGGACUUCAUGGCCGACCUGGUCAAGCAGGACUACUACCGCUUCCCCUCGGUGUCCAAGCUGCGGCCCGAGGACUUUGAUAACGUUCAGUCUCUGCUCACGAACUGCAUCUACCUGCAGGACUCCGAGGUCACGAUCAAAGGCUUCAGGAUAUACGGGGCCCCGUGGACGCCCUGGUUUAAUGGAUGGGGUUUUAACUUGCCUCGUGGUCAGUCUCUGCUGGACAAGUGGAACCAGAUCCCUGAGGACAUCGACAUCCUCAUGACUCACGGGCCUCCUUUGGGGUUCCGAGACUGGGUGCCUAAGGAGCUCCAGAGAGUGGGCUGUGUGGAGUUACUCAACACGGUACAGAGACGGGUCCGGCCCAAACUGCAUGUCUACGGCGGGAUCCAUGAAGGUUAUGGCCUAAUGACAGACGGAUAUACAACAUUCAUCAACUCGUCUACGUGUACAGUCAGUUUCCAGCCCACCAAUCCCCCCAUCGUAUUCGACCUUCCCAACCCAGGAAGCUCGUGAAAUUCCCCCUAAUUCCCUUCCCUUUUUUUUCUACUCUCCAACUCUUCUUAUCUUUAAAGUAAUGGUCUUUUGUACUGCUUGUAUUUAAAAAAAAAAUGAAUGCAUGGAUAUGUAAUAUUUUUAAAAAAUAAGAUCAUACCAUUUAAAUAAUGAUUUGCUGGAGAAAAAAAAGAAGAAAAAAUGGUGAAUUCAUAUUUAUGCUUCAUUUGUAUUGGUUGCCUUGUUAAAUUUGUUUUAGUCUGUAUCUAAAGUGCAUUAUAAGGUACCAUAUGAGGCUCAGCAAUACUUUUUCACAGCAGGAGUGUAUUACAGAACAAAAUUUCAGUCUGGUUUUUUUUUUUUUUUUUUUUUUUUUUUUGAGCUGAGGUGUAAGACCUUGAUUUGAGGAUUUAAGUUGCUCGACUUUGAGUCUCGUAGUUCCCAGGAUGCUUUGUGGUUAUAUUUAUUGGUUCGAUCGAAAUCAUUUCAUCAAACUAUUCUCCAACCCGAGACAUUUUAUUUCGACUGUAAUAUUCAGAAAAAAAAAAUGGCUGAGGUUUCACGAGGUACUUGCUGAAAAUCGGUUAUAUCUCCGUUUCAAUUUUUUUUUCCUUUUUCACUCCUGCCAUAUUCUAUUUCUGACAAAGCUGCCUGGGUAGGCGGCAUUUUCAAGCCACCUGAAAUCUAGGAAGGCAGCAUUGCAGUGUCCCAGAAUUCACAAAAUGUCAAAUCCGUUACCCUGACAGAUGGAUAAAAAUAUAUACAAUAUUGUGAAAAUCUAUCAAACUAUCAUAAAAGUUUCGACAAUUGCUGUGAUAUUUAAAAAAAAAACAUAAUAAUAAUAAUAAUAAUAUUGGCACCUGUUCAGGUUUGUGCUGUUGGAAUUUUGAUAGCGUUUUUUGUAUUUUAGUUCUUGCUUCGCUUGUGAUUUCUUUAAGCUGAGACUUUACCUUCAGAGGGUCUGUUCUACAAGAUCGCUAAAAUGUACAUAUAUUUUUUUUUAAUCAAGCCAAACGUAAAUGUCGCUUCCACAAGGAGCUGAAAAAAAAAAAUCUUUGCAGCUGCUUUGAGCCCAUGGUUAUUAUUAUUAUGGUUAUGGUUUACUUUCUCAUCUCCACCUGGUGGAUCGUGUUGUGUUUGUUGUACGUCGCGCAGACAGGACAAAAAAAAAGUAUAUAUAUUGCCAUGAUGUCAUUGGUGCCAUUUGUAAAUGCCUUGUUUCUAUGUUCAUGAGACUUUUUCUUAAUUCAUCGUGUCAUUUAGCUGACUUUAUAUGCAAAUAAAAACUGCAAGAUUUUUAUCCCA